UGUAAAAUUAUUAGUUCACUCAACAUCAUUGCGAAUAAACCUGUUUCCUCUAUAAAAUCGAAUUGAAAUUUAAGAUAUUUCUUUUAAGUGAAACUGAAGAAAACUAAUUAAAUUAUUACUGUGUAUAUUUUUCACAGUUUUCAGAGUAAUCCCAUCCUGUCUUUUUUCCAGAGCUUGACACUUUGCUCACGAGGCACAAAAUUUCUAACAAGUUUGACACCGUUCGCUUCUUCAUUCAUUAACAUAACUACUGAAAUGAAUAACGAGGUGGGUAUCGAUGUCGACCAAGAUGGCGACGCUGCCGUGGUUGAGGUUGAAAAUCCAACCCUCCACGAGAUCAGUGACACUUUCAGCGACUCAGACUCUGAGGAGGAAUACAUGAGAGAGAAGGUGAAACCGUACCUCCCGGCCCUCCUCAAAUUCAACGAGCUUGUCGCUGGAUUCAAAUUGAUGAUCCCAAUCGUAGUCAAACUGCCUCCGAUCGACCGAGCCAACUAUUUCAACGAUGGGUACGACAGCCUCCUCAGGGGAUUGUACCAUCGCCCCAAGAAAAUUCCCUUCGGCGUCGUACGCGCGAUCGAUGAACUGAAGGCGUUCUGCGACGCCGUCACGGUCGGAUGGCGGCUAUGGCCCGAUUACUCGACGGGGUUGUACAUGAUGAUCGACUACUUGGCGGAGGACACCAGGAUUGACGACAUUAAACGGAUCGAGCCCACGUUUUUGUUGACUUUGAAGGAAAUCGCGUCGAACGAAGCCUGGAACAAUUUCAUGGCUGCUCAAAUUUUGCCCUCGCAGGCGAAGAAGAUUCUAAUUAGGUUUAAGAAGGCGACAAACACGGUCGAAAAUGAGGGUAAAGCUGUCGGUCAGCUUGAUAACUUGGAGAAAGAUUUGGUGUCGAUGAUGUUGGGGUUGAAAAUGCGACCGGAGUAUGGCAAAAAUAAAAUUUGCGAUGGGUUGGAUUGCGUCGAAAUUGAGUUGACUCCGGGGGAAUUUCCUCAUUGUGGGAAAUGCAAGCAGGCCGUGUAUCAUUCGAAAGAGUGUCAGGUAAAGGCGUGGAAAGCGGGGCAUAAGAAGGCGUGCAAAAAACAAACGGAAUAAAAUUUAUUAUAAAAUUAUUAUAAAAUUCAACUUUAUGAUUAAGGCUUACCCUCACGCUCGGAGGAGAAUUUCGGAGCAGGAGUAUUCUCCUAGUCUCAUCCUUCUCUCUCGCUUUGCAGAAU